AUGAAGCCCCUUAUUCCUCUUCUACUCAGCCUACUGACAGCUGGAAGCCCUUGCGGUUGUGUCAAAGACUCUCCGUUACCUUCAUCAUCACCAUCACCAGACAGGACCGUGACAGAAAGACCAAGCCAAAUAAACAGAUUUGAGAAUAACUGCCAAGGGAACGGUGUCAACAACCGACAAGAGUGGUGCGGUUUCGAUAUAAACACAGAUUAUACGACCAUCACACCAGACACCGGCGUCACCCGUGAAUUCUGGCUCGAGCUCGAUCAAUUAUAUCUGGCACCGGAUGGCAGGGCAAGAUGGACUCUAGCAAUAAACGGUACGAUUCCGGGCCCGACUCUCGAGGUCAACUGGGGCGACACGGUUGUCGUUCACCUUUUGAAUAAGCUACCCAGUACUGUCCGCAACGGAACUAGUAUGCACUUCCAUGGUAUCCGACAACACUAUACAAAUCCGAGCGAUGGUGUUGUCUCAAUUACUCAGUGUCCAAUCAGACCAGGGGAGAGAAUGACAUACCGCUGGCGAGCGACCCAGUAUGGAACAACAUGGUAUCAUUCGCACAUCGGAUUGCAAACAUGGGAAGGGGCCUUUGGUGGUAUCAUUAUCCAUGGACCCGCGAGCGCAAAUUAUGACGAUGAUAAAGGCACGAUUUUUCUAAAUGACUGGGAUACAAGAACUGUCGAUGAACUAUGGGAAUAUGCACAGAAAUCUGGGCCACCUACGGUCGACAAUGGUUUGAUCAAUGGGAUGAAUGUUUUUGGAGAAGACGGCGAUCCAGCUCAAAGCGGAAAGCGGUUUACCAUGAGCUUUAUCCCAGGGAGGUCAUAUCGAUUGCGAAUUGGAAACGCAGCUUGCGAUACUCAUUUCAAGUUCAGUAUUGAUCACCAUACCCUCACAGUGAUUGCUGCAGACCUUGUUCCAAUUCGACCAUAUAAGACGACGGUCCUGGACAUCGCGGUAGGCCAACGCUACGAUAUCAUCGUCCACGCAAACCAAAAUCCUACCGACUUAUCCUCGACCUUUUGGCUUCGCGCAAUCCCCCAAACAAGCUGCUCGAAAAACAGCAACGCCGCCAACAUUCGCGGCAUAAUAACCUACGCAACCUCAGACAGCUGUACCGACGAAGACGCCACGCAUAUAACACCAAUAAUAACAGCAGACCUCACCCUCCCCGAAAAAAUAACCUACAACAAAUCCCUCCCGGUGGGAAUAACCCUCGACUCAAACCAACACUACCGCUGGACUCUGAACGGCACGUCCAUGCAACUAGACUGGGCAAACCCCACCCUCCAAUCGCUCUCAACCCAGGCCCCAGACCACGACUCCACAAACACGAAUACAAGCUCAAAUGCAGUGAUCGACCUACCCGACCCCGACGCCUGGGCCAUAAUAAUAAUUGAAACAACCCUAGCCGCACCGCACCCGGUGCAUUUGCACGGGCACGACUUUCUCAUCGUCGCGCAGGGCCAAGGCCCGUAUCGGUAUCGGUACCGGCCCCCUGCAGAUGUAGACUUUAGGUCGACCCCAGCCCGAGCCCGGGCCCGGGACCAGGAGCUGGGGCUCGAUGCAGCCUCGACGAAAACCCAAACCCAAGCCGAAACCCAAGCCCAAACCCAAAGCCCCAAUGUGCGUGCUGGUGAUGGUGAGGCUAUUACGUUUUUAUCGGGAUCCCUCCCCAAACGCGAUACGGCACUUCUGCCUGCGUCGGGUCAUUUAGUUAUUGCGUUUAAGACGGAUAAUCCUGGCGCGUGGCUGUUGCAUUGUCAUAUUGGGUGGCAUCUUGAGCAGGGGUUUGGGGUGCAGUUUGUUGAGCGUGAGGAUGAGGUGCGGAGGUUGUUUGGUGGGGAGUGGAGAGAAUUGGGAAAGUCGAUGGGGGAAAGGUGCUCGCGGUGGAAAGGUUACUGGGGAGAGUACGGGGAUGAAAAUGGAUCGGGCGUGUAG